GCGGCAAGAGCCACAGCCUCUGCCCACUUCGCCAGGAAGUUCGACGCGCGUCGCACAGGCGGCCUGCAAAGGCGCUUGGAUCUUGCGGCUGCCCGUGAUGUCCAGACUUCUGCAGAGCCGCUCAGAGCGGCAGAUGGCUGGGACAAGGCAGCACUGCAGAUGGUGCUGCUGCAGCUGUCAGGAGAAAGUGUCCUGCCUGGGGUUCAGCCAGAGCAGUGGCACCUGGAACACAGUCCUGGCGAGCCACGCUUGCAGCGCAUCUGUCACCGCCAGGUUUGUGUCAUCGAAAGAUUAGCAGCCCCGCCUCGAUUCCAAGAGGAAGCCCAGGACUCUGCGGCUACCACAGCGCUCCUGCGGUUUGUUCUCGGCAUCAGAAUUGGAGUCGGCUGGGACUCCGAGAAGCGCGUCUUCACCGGCCCCAGCUCUCUGCUACCGCUUCAUGCUCAAGGUCAUCACCGUGCAGCAGUGCUUUACCUCUCUGGCCGAGCCAAUUACGGACCGGAAG